GAUCGGAUGUGCUGCUAUUUUUGAGUGUUCUUCUGACAUGUGCAAGCAUUGGUAGGCACAAGUGCGAAAUAUGAUAUCGAUCACGAAGCUCUAGUACACGAACCCCCUACUUGACAAAUCGAAGAAUGCCACUGAAGAUCUUGUUGCCAUGAUCUUUCUGUACGAAAAACCAGCCAGAUCAGCUGCAAGUGCCACAGGUAGAAGUAUAUCAGAUUUGGAUUUCCAUAACUACCCGACAAAGUAUGAGUAAACUUGUGAUUUCAAAUGUGUGUGAGACAGAGACAUCGUCAUCAGCAGGUAUUUGGAGAUUGGUCUUGAUAGUUGACGGCGGUGUGAAGUCUUGAGAAUUGAAAUUUCUCUAUGUAUUGGCUGAUAAUGUUAAUGAUAAACUGGUGCUACUCCCCGAGGGCAAAGACCAUGGCCACGAGGUGAUCCUCAUAAAAAUCGUUAUCCUUCAUUGUUUCACAACAUAGAUACAGCACAUUUUUCUGACCGGCAUAGCGAAGUACUUAAUCCGUGACUCAAAAAAUGAGGGCGAAUACGGCUAGUGACGAUCGUAGUAACGUCUUAGCCCAGUGCCCGACUCUCGUGGCUCUUGCGGACGCGGUUGAAUCGGAAGACUUCGACAGUGACGGGGCAUUCCCAUAUGCUUUCUUUGCUCGACUGUUUGCAGCGAUUCAGGAACAGAUAGGUCUUCCGACGAACGGAAAUGCGGAGGGGAAAAACGCGUCCAACGCGAGGAGUGGGUCUCCGGUAGAAGCAUGCUAUCCGGAUUUCGGGGGUGAGGAUUCAAGUUGGAGAGACGUAGCUGGGCCUUUCUACGCUGAAUGGCUUGCGUUUAGGCUAUCCAAUUCACCACCGCCAAGUAGUAUCGCAUUCGCACCAUAUAGAUAUAGUAGUGAUACAUCGGAUGUAGGCGCAGAUGAUGAUGCUCUUGCUGCAGGCAAGGAGGUGACAAUUUUUCUGGACAGUGACGAAGAUAAAGGGAACAGCGAAGACGAAGAUACUGGCAGCGAUAUCGAUAAUGCUGUCGAGGACACUACAGGUCGUCAAAAGGAGGAUGCCUGCUGUUCCAUUGUCUACUCGGGAGUCACGGAAGAAUCUGUGAGGAAAUUAGUCGCAGCGCUUCGCAACGUUGAUCCGCGCUAUGUAGCUCAUAUGGCGGCAAACGAGCGGCGCCGCGAUGUUGCGACUUCCAUGUGGGAGCUGUCCAAAGAGGACCGGAAAAUGUUCGUUUUCUUGAAUCGGGACUCGCAACUAGAGGUAAACGAAGACGGAGAAGAUGACGCUGAUGUUGUUCGAGUCGAGCAACGAGGUACAAAGGACACAGAGGACCCUCUGCCAAAAUCUGCAUCCCGAAGGGCGGCGAAAGUAAAAACUGGCGAUAACGAAAAAGGAGAGGUGGAUGAAAAAGGAGCUAGUACACGCACUACGAAAAAGAAACUGCUUCAGGACAAUUUCACGAAAGGCCAGCUUCUCAAAGAGGCUCCAAAAGACGCAGCGUCCAAAGCGGGAGCAAAAGAAACUUCCUCCAGAUCCAGUAAAAAAUCGAAACGAGUCGCCAACCAGAAUGAGGGACAGGAUGAUGCCGAUGAUUUCGCUGAUGCCAUUGUAUGCGCUAUCUGCGGAAUGGACUUCACAAGUGAGAAAAAGAGGCAAGAGCAUUACCGCAAAUUCCCCGAGCAUGAUCCGAUAAAAAUCGAAGAAUCCAAAAGAGCAGCGGCGCAAUUACGCCUAGAGGAGGAAAGUGGCGCGAAGGAAAAGGGAAACAACAAGCCAAAACAAAAGAGGCACGGUCAUAGAAAGUUCUGAGUGUAUUUGUAGUAGACUGUUUUUCGCUCCUGCAGCUUGACAUAUUGUAUGACACUAU